ACAAAUGCGAAUAGCUUUUGGUUUUGGUUUUUGGGGUUGCUGGGCUGUGCCUGUGAAUUUAAUGUUCGGCUAAUCCAAUAAAGAUACAACAAAUAGUAGCUAUGUGGAUGUCAGCAACCAGCGAUAGCUUGUGCCAUCAAAUAAAGCUAAAAUGCUUCACACGGAGUCCCUGCCCAACAGCACCACCCACCAAGGCAUCUAUGCGCCUCUAAGUCAGGCCAUGACCGACUCCGAAUCCGACGAAGAGAUUGAAAUUCAUAACGCCAGCAAGCAUCGCCAGCGAUUCCACAACGAACAGCAGCAGCAGCAGCCGCAGCAGUCUCUGCCUCCGCCUCAGUCUACGCCCCAAUCGCAACGCAGUCGCAUACCGCCAAAUACUUUGGCGCUAAAGUCACCGCACACCACUCGCCCCACAGCCACAAGGAUUGUGAGCAAGCCGCAGGUGCAGCCACAGCCCCACCAGCGGUUCCAACUGGAGACGCCCACGACGAGCAGCUACACGACCAACAUGCAGAACACCUUCCGCUCCGUGAUGCUCAGCGAUCUGGGCGGCGGCAGUGUGGGCGCUGAGUUCUCCAACUUCAACAGCGAAUUCGAUGCCACAGCGGACAACGUGGCCAUCCUGGGCGGCAGCACGGAGCAGCCCAAGCGCCCGCCCAUGUCCACGGCCAGACGCAGUUGCUUCAUAGCCUCCCUGCUGCUCUGCGUGUUCGCGGUGCUUGGCUUUGUCUGGCUGGUGCCCUGCGGCAAUGCGGAUGGCACUGGUGCCUGUCCAGCUGUGGGCGAUCGCGUCAAGACCCACAACUGGCAGAAUAAUUACACAAAAAUCGAACUGAAAGGCGGCAUCAAUGUGGUCAAUGGACUGCGCGCCUGGGAGAAUAAUUUGAUAUUUCUGUACCGCGGCGAUGCCUUCUUCCCGGAGUUUCGGCCGGGCAAUCAGAAGCGGAAUGGCAUCAUCUCGCUCAUCGGCAGCUCCGGGGCUGUGGCCUGGUACGACGAGAUGGUGGACGAACCAGCGGCACUGGACUGCACUCUCAUCGAUGUGGAUAGCAAUGGGAAGACGGAUUGUCUGGUGAUUGACGAGUACGGGGAGCUGGGAGCCAUCAAUCCGGUGUCGGGACAGUGGCAUUGGCGCUUCAAGGAGCGUUCGGCCCACAAAAUCGAUGCCUACGAUUUUCCCAUCAUUCUGCCCGAUCUGGAUGGCGAUGGAGUGCUGGACAUACUGCUGGUGACCAGCCUGUCGCUGGAGCAGCGCACCAAGUCGCUUAUCCAGCCCAAGCACGAGACACCCGCCCAACUGGAGGCGCGCAAUGUGCUGCGGCUGCUGUCGGGGCGUCAUGGCAGACCCAUAGGCGAUGGCUUCCGUGUGCACGACUGCCAGCGGCUGAGUCGACUCCAGCUGGAGGCUGGCAACAUCAGUUACAUCUGUCUGCGGCCCAACAACUCGGAUCAGCAGCGUUCCAAGUCACUGGCGGAGCUUUAUGGGCUGAUAACCAACAAAUCGAUUGUGGGACAGCGACUGCUGUCCGCCUCCAAGAUCGCGCAGCAUCGCAAUCACGGACAACGCCGCGAGAUUGACUCACAGCGCAACAUUUACUCGCUGAGCGGACGCGAGCUGGUGGUCGAGAAUCGCGGCACUUGCCCCGAGGACUGCAACGUGACGUUCGUGCUGAGCGAGGUGCGCAAUGGCAAGCCUCAUGUGCUGCGAAAUUUCACCAAUACGGGCAUGUACGGCAUGGUGCCCGCUGAGUAUCACUUUAAGCAUACCAAAACCCAGAUGUCUGGCUUUGUGAUGAAGUUUUGGAAGUGGCAUGUGGCCGAGAAGGCCGCAGGGAAGUCGCCCACAGCACAGACAACGCCAACGCCCGCACACAGCAGCAACAACAAUGUGCAGAAGAAUGGAAAUCCAGCUGCUGGUAACAACAAGAACAUGAACGCCAUCAAGGACAAGGAGAAGUCCGCACACAGCAAGAAGCAACAACAGCAGCAACGUUUGAGACGCAGCGAGGACCCCCACGAAUUCCACACAGCCAGCCAGCAGUUUGACGUUUUUGAACACUUAAUCCAAAAGCGUGAAGCCUACAGCGUACCCCACAAGAAUCAGACCAAGGCCAGCGCAGUGAACGGCAGCGGCGGCGGCAGCAGCUACAAAAUGCAAACCAUAACUGAAACGGUCAUUCUGGUGCUCUUCAUGGGCGCCGAUACGCGCAUUGAGAACACAUCGCAGAGCAACAUUGUGCAGUUCUGCAGGCAGGAGCGCAAUGAGAUGGUGUGCCAGCCUGAUAUUAACAACCAGGAGCACUCGAUGCUGAUUGCUGAUUUGGAUCAGGAUGGCUCCCAGGAGCUGGUCACGUACACGUCCAGCUUUGUGCACGCCGAGGAGCAGCCGCUGAGCGAUUGGAAGCUGGUCACCAAUGUGCGACUGCUGCGUAUACAGUCGGAGCUGCCAGCCUACAACGAGGACGAGAAACACAAUUAGAAUUGGACUGGACGGACGUUGAAGUGGAACGUGCGCAUUUAAAGCAUCAUUCGCGGCUGGCUGCUGGGCCGGGCAUUACAUCAAACUUAGUCGUUAGUAGCUGAAUUACUAGUUGCAUGCAUUACAUUACACUGUACAUUAAAUAGAAGAACAUUUUCUAGCUAUUAAUCACUCUUAAACUAUACUUAAAAACUGAUAAAACAAAAUAAACAACA